AUGACAGAAGUCAGUGUCAACCCAGUGUCCUCUUCUACCGAAACAUCCACAGACUCAGAUGUUGUUCAAGACAUCAGGGACAAACAGAUCAAGCCAAGGGUCUUUGAAAUGGAUGCUAUCAACGAGGUCAAGGACAAAUUGAGGAAGGCCCACAGUCUAUUCGAUCGUGUUCGCGGUGGACGUUUCCACAACAUGUCUGGUGUAGCUGCUCUUGCUGUGCUGACCGUGGCCUCUUUAGCAACGCUAUUCUUUGGGAAAUUACAGCAAAGACUUACUCGAGUCCCUGCCCAGCGGCGUCCCAAAACUUCUACACACGAAAAAGAAGACCUCUUCUCGCAUCUUUCUGUGAAUGUGACUGAUAACGGCUUUGAUAUUCACGAUGGCUUAAGCAGAUACUUUGACGAUGUCAUUGGUUAUGAAGAUUCAACUUCAGGUAAAUCCUGGCCAGAUGUUAAGACUGUGCACAAAGGGUAG